AUGUUAGCACAACUAACGGAGGCUCAAAAGCAACCACGCAACAAGGGAACUCAAAACAGUAAUGUUGGAAAAGAGGAAAAUACCGAGGAGACGGAACAGAUUGAUCAAAUUCAGGUGGUAUCGAAAUUAUCGUCAAGUGAUCAGAAGAGAGAUGAUCCCCCGGCGGCUUCUACUGAAGGAAAAGAAGGCGAAGAGGGUGAGAAGGAGAAGGAGGAUAAAGCUGCAUUAAAUCCUACACCUAUGAAUCUGACAAAACCCUGCAUUCUCAGAAUUCCUUUCGCAAACAGCACCCAGAAGAAGCUGGCUUAUAGUUUGGCAUUCUCAACCAUGAAAUACUGUACUGUACUUGAGAAGAUUCAAGAAGAUGUUGGCUUCUACGGUGAAUAUCCAGACUUGCGUGAAGAGGACCAUUUAGUGCUAGUUACAUUAUAUGAUUACUCAGUCCGGAAUUUUCAGCUGAGAACUUCGACGGAUUUGGACGCAGACAUACCACCAUUGGAUGAGGCUGAGGCCUCGAAACCUAGAUUUGCUGGACGAACUAUUAUUUAUCCUCCAUCGUCUAAGGUUUUUCAGGAGGUUGAAGAGGCCAUUGUCGCAAUGUCAGUCAAAUUUUCAGCCGCAAUAGCUCGAAUCAGAGUCAAAGAACAGGUGAAAUCUCUGCGCCUCCUUCUACCUUUAGAAUGGCGCGAUGCCGAAACAAAAUCCGAAAACAUGCCCUUCUAUGGAUGGUAUAACCUACUACUGGGCACGUCCGAGGUAACUUUAACGUGGUUGAAGGAGAACAACUUCACCCAUAUCAGAGGACGCUUGCCCACUGCCAUGGAAUUCGGUGACGAUGAGGAUUGUUCAGAUGUCUUCAUUUUUAACCAUGCUGACCGUGCAACUAUUAUGGAUUCACCUAUUGUUCGUGAUCAAUUUCUCUUUGUUCAGGACAGAAGUAAUAUCUUUGUUUUGCAUUGUCUCAUGAAUUUCAUUGGUGCGGGAGAGGAAGUGAUUUUAAUCAACCAGCCCAACAGUCUUUGUGGUAUUCAUCUUGAAGGUCUGCUCAUGAACAGAUUUCCCUAUUCAUCACCCGUACCCACGAUUCGAAUUGUCAGAUCAGUCAAAGAGAGUGAGGAUUCAAAGCUGGCAGUGAAAAGCGGAUGCAAAUCUAUACGUCUUAUCACCGAUGACUUCUUAUCGUUGAAUCCCAACGCUGAGAGCUACAGAGGCAUUCGGCAUAUCAUUAUUGAGUCAACGGACAUGAAAAGUGGAGUGGUCAACCCAAUAGAUUAUGUUGAUUUUGAAAACGAAGAUCUGUCAGUGCUCAAGGAUAUGUGGACUAAAAACGAUGAUCCCCAAAAGGUGACCAAGCGUCUAACGCUACUAAAAAAGAACGAAGCUUAUUUGAAGCAUGCUUUGAGAUUCAAUCAAGCAAGGACCGUAAUAUUCAUCAGUCAUUCUGAAGACCUGGAAGAAACUGAGAAAAUGGUGCUUAAAUGUGUAGACUACGUCAAUAGAACAAUACAGCGGGAGAUACUAUCAGCGAUACCUUCCUCUAAAGCUCCGCCCCCGUCAACUCCGGGUUUUGUCAUUCGUUUGCCGACUGCCAUACCGAGUCUUAGAGGUUUUGAAUACGGUGAAAACAAUGCGCUCACUUCCCCCUUCGUUACCCCUUCAGGUUGCAUUCGAUUUAAAUCCACGAAGAGCUACAAUGGAUUCUUUAUUGCUUGUCUCAAGAAGGAGGUGAAUUUUUUGUUGUAUUUCCUCAAAAAUUACUUGAAUUGA